GCGGGGAGCCAGAGACCGCGGGACGUCCGGCAAACCAGAGCCCACUGCAAGCCCGGAGCAGGUUUUGCGACAGGUCCCACCGAAGAAAGUCAGGAUGGGAAGCUGGAAGGUCCUGGCGUAUCUCUUGCUGCCCGCCUUGGCAGGGAUGCAGCCGGGGGUGCUGGGCAAGGGGUCCCCGGAGCGCUCUCCGCAUCGCCUGCAACACGGAUCCUGCACCUACACCUUCCUGCUGCCCGAGCUGGGGGGCUGCGAUGCCCCGGCGCCUGCCGCCGCCGCUCCCCCGUUCCAAGUGUCCAACUCGCUCCAGAGAGAUGCGCCGCCCUUGGCCGAAGCCCAGUGGCCCGUCCAGCGGCUGCAACAGCUGGAGACCGUCAUGGAGAACAACACCCAGUGGCUGCAGAAGCUGGAGAGUUACAUCCAGGACAAUGUGAGGAUGGAGAUGUCGGAGACCCAUUUCAGUUCUGUCCAAGACCACACGGCAGCCAUGUUGGAAAUUGGGACCAACCUCCUUAACCAAACUGCUGAGCAGACACGGAAGCUUACGGAUGUAGAGAUACAGGUGCUCAACCAAACGUCCCGCCUGGAAAUUCAAGUUUUGGAAAAUUCCCUGUCUACCAACAAGCUUGAGAAACAGCUUCUUCUGCAGACCCACGAAAUCAGCAGACUCCAGGAGAGAAACAGCUUCCUAGAGAAGAAAGUCUUGGCUAUUGAGAACCAACGUGAGGAGGAGCUACAGGGCCUGAGGACUGAGAAGAUAGAAAUGCAGAAGCUUCUUUCUAAGCAGGUGGACCUUGUUGGACAUCUGGAGCAACGCCUGGGUGUUGCCUUGCUGAACAACACAGCCCUCCACAAACAACAAACAUCUUUGGCUGAGACAGUGAAGCAUCUGAUAGGCUUGGUGUCCCAGUGCAAUCAUGUUUCUUUUACCCAGAUGCCAGAUGAGCAGAAGGUCUUCAAGGAUUGUGCAGCUGCAUACAAAGCGGGGUUUUCUACCAGCGGAGUCUACACCCUUCGGCUCCCCAAUACUACAGCCACUGUAAAAGUACUGUGUGACAUGGAGACCAGUGGAGGAGGAUGGACCAUUAUCCAGCACCGGAAAGAUGGUUCUGUGGAUUUCCAACGCACCUGGAAGGAAUAUAAACAGGGUUUUGGCUCCCCGCCUGGAGAAUAUUGGUUGGGUAACCACUUCAUCCACUUGCUCACUGCACAGAACCGCUACUCCCUCCGCAUCAUGCUCCAAGACUGGGAAAACAACGAGGCUUAUUCCGCCUUUGAGCAUUUCCAAGUGGGCUCCGAGGAGCAGAACUAUCGACUUUAUGUGAGGAGAUACAGUGGGACGGCUGGACACACCAGCAGCCUCAGCCUCUCGGGAACUGACUUCAGCACCAAGGACGCUGACAAUGAUCGAUGCGCAUGCAAGUGUGCCCAGAUGGCAGGUGGAGGUUGGUGGUUUGAUGCUUGUGGACCUUCUAACCUGAAUGGCAUCUAUUACCCUCCCAAUCCUGCCACAAUCAGAUACAAUGGCAUGAAGUGGCACUACUGGAAAGGACCCGGACACAGCCUCAAAACAAGCACCAUGAUGAUCCGUCCAGUGGACUUCAGAGAAGAGCAAGGGGGGAUGCUGUGAUCUGUCACAUGACAGAAGGAGAGGAGACCCCCUUCCGAUGGUCUCCUGGCUUACACAAAAUUGGUGGAUGAUUGCAAGUCCUUGCAUGAACUAAAUUUCUUCUAGGUAGAUUUUUUUCUUUAAAAAAUCUGCACGGCACAGAGUCCAUUGUGGAAAUUUCACAGGAGAUCUGGAAGGUGUUGCUUUUUUGUUGCUUUCAUGGCGGGGGGGGGGGGGAACAAUUAAGCCUGAAUCUCUCAACCUUAUCAACUUUGAAAAAUCUGGAUGACUUCAACUCCCAGAAUUCUAAGCUGGCUGAGGAAUUCUGGGAGUUGAAGUCCAUGCAUCUUAAAGUUGUCGAGGAAUACAGGUUGAGAAAUACAGAAUUAGACUGUAAAUGAUCCUACCCUUUGUAUAAUAUUUGUUGCCCAAAGAAAGCAGUGUGGCUUUAGGCUGCUCUGGAAGGGGUCAGAAAUAAGUUUGGUGGCUGAAUGAGAGUUACCAUAUUUUUGGAAUAUAAGAUGCUCCGAAGUAUAAGACGCACCUAGCUUUUGGGGAGGAAA